CGGAUCUGAGUUAUGUUGUAACUUUGUAUUUCGUCUCGCGGAAAUUUCAAAUUUCAAUUUGACAAUGAAUCUGAAACCGUGUACAGCAGUGCAAAUACAGGAACAUGUCGCUCUUAAAGUUCAGAAGCUGCACGUGGUGAUGGGGUUAAAAGAAGAUAAACAGAGUUUGAUAAAUAACCUGGAAACAGAACCAGUUGUCAUGGAGAACUCCUUAGAUACCCGUGUAACUUUGGAGGACUCUGACUAUGAUUUGGAAAGUGCUGCCAACGUCGGCACGCCUCCCUCUUUUCUAGACGACUCCUACAAAGUGGAAACGUUAGAAGAAGGUGGCAGGUUCGAUAGGUUUGCUAAAGUAACCCUCUCCUGGGUGGACGUAUCAGUGACUUCUAAAGUUGAGAGCACGAGGAUCUGCUGUAAGCCUCCUCAACAAGACGAACCUGAGAGUGUCAGUAUUCUGAAGGGAGUAUCAGGUAUAGUGGAACCAGGCCAGUUUAUGGCUAUCAUGGGAGCCUCUGGAGCGGGUAAAACUACUCUCCUCAAUACCCUGGCGUUCAGGAAUGAAUCUAAGCUGAAGUGUUCGGGGGCUAUAAAUGUUAACGGUAGGGAGAUGGAUCGAGAGGGGUUAAAGAUGAUCAGCGCGUACGUUCAACAAGAUGACUAUUUUAUCGGAACUAUGACUGUGAAGGAGGUGAUGAUGUUUCAUGCUAAUCUCAGGAUGGAUCGAGCAACACCAGGGUUCAGGAAGGAGGAGAAAGUGUACAAAGUGCUGUCCAAACUGGGGCUCCUGAAGGUACAGGACAGCUUAGUGGGGUACCCAGGAGGACUAGUGAGGGGUAUAUCUGGAGGGGAAAGGAAGAGGUUAUCAGUAGCUACUGAACUACUUAUGGAUCCUCCACUCCUCUUCAUCGACGAGCCCACCAGUGGUCUGGACUCCUUCAUGGCUGAGAGUAUUGUAACGCUGAUGGGGAAACUUGCUAAAGCUGACCGUACCAUCCUCUGCACAAUCCACCAGCCGACCUCAGAGUUGUUCUCCUUGUUCGACAGAGUGUGCCUAGUUUCAGAGGGAGAGAUAGCUUACAUGGGGGAAUCAGCAGCUGCUCUAAACUACUUCACCAGAGCUGGGUUGCCAUGCCCUGCUAACUACAACCCAGCAGACCACUACAUCUUCACUCUGGCUAUCCGGCCUGGUAACGAGGAGAUGUGUCGGGCUAGGUGUCAGAACCUCAUAGCCUUCUACAAACGUUCUGAUGAUUACAAGAAGGUUUUAGAAACUAUCGGGCAGUGUUUGGACGGGUUUAACAGAAAGGAACCCAACCCAGACCAUAUUAGGUCCUCUACGUUCCGGCAAGUGGCUGAGAAUUUCAAGAGAAGUUUCCUGAACACAGUGAGGAACCCUGCUUACACUAGGACAAGGAUAGUGCAGACUAUUAUAGUGGGACUGCUGUGUGGUCUUGCUUACUACGAUACAAAGAACGAUCAGACCGCAGCUCAGAACAAAAGUGGAGUUCUCUUCAACAUAGUUGUCUACUUCACGUUUGGGAAUGUGUUUAUCCAAACCAUGUCAAUUCCUCUUGAGUUGCCUGUUGUGAAAAGGGAAUACCAGAACGGAAUGUACACCACUGUUCCGUAUUUUCUCUCCAAGAUCAUAGCAGAGAUUCCUUAUUUACUGGGACUUCCUCUUAUGCAGCUCGCUAUCUGCUACUUCAUGAUAGGUCUGAAGAACUCUGCCUCUGCAUUCUUUAUAGCCGUGUUAGCAAGUAUUGGAAUCUCGUGGGCCUCGACAGGAUUGGGCUGGUUCCUGUCUGCCUGGACUGGAGAUGUGAGGAUAGCAGGAGCUCUCACUGCCCCUAUCAUCAUGCCCUUUUUCCUAUUCGGAGGACUUUACCAAUAUGACGAGUCAACCCCCGUCUACUUUCUACCUGUCAAGUAUACCUCCUGGAUUAGAUACGGGUUUGAAAUGUUGAUGAUAAACGAGUUUGAAGGUAUGGAGUUGGAAUGUGAUGCGGAGCCCUGUUUCUUUAAGAAUGGAACAGAUGUGUUGAACAGAUACGGUAUUGACGCCGGUUCACUGUGGUGGCCCAACAUGGCUGCUUUGUGGAUAUUUGGGGCUGUGAUGUGUGUGUUUGCGUGGGGCUGCCUUAUGUGUCGGGUUAGACGCUAGUGGUGGGGUUUAGUGCUCACUCAUUGUGGGGCUCACUAGCUCGUUAAAUCAGUGGACAUGCAAACUAGCUACUGAGCUUCUUUUAGAUACUUUACAAACAUGGAAACACAAAAUACAAACUGUGAACCCUCUUAUUCCACAAACUGAACUUUUGUUAUAAUCGAACCAGUAUUCUUUGUUUUUAUAAAUUAUUAUACCAUCAUGGGUACCGUAAUGGGUAUUGGUUAUGAAUUUCUGGAACCAAAAAUUGGCUUGAUGAUAUUUUGGCAAAUUUAUAGCUUUCACUUUUGUUAGCCUUUACUUAUUUAAAAUCAUGGUCAUAUUUAAAUGACAUUUAUAUUCAUAACUGUAUAACUAUUCUUUUACA